AUGCGACCCUCAGCACGCCUACUGAGCCUGGAGGUCUCCGGCUCCCGGACCCUCUAUGUCUGCUCGAGCUGCCGACAAGAAGCCCGUCCACGGCCGGUUCUCGCCCGCCAAUUCCUGCGCAAUACCUCGUCCGGCUCGACUCCGCUCACUGAGAAGGUGCGCCGCAAGCUGUGGGGUACGGAGAACCCUCCUGGUUUGAAGGAUCCGUAUGGAGGGCCUGGUGCGUUGGAGAAAAAGUUGAGGGGGAAUCAGAAUGUUCAAGAGGAGGGUGCUGCUGAAGUGGAAUCGGCGGAGCCUGCUGAGGUUGCGGAGACGGCUGGGAGGGAGGAUCCUGAUUAUACGCCUGCGACAUCGUGGGAUGGGAUUGAGAAGAUUGGACACUUAGGGGGGUGGCAGAAUUAUCCCGCUUCUCAAGCGGAUGAGUAUAGCUCGUUCAUGCUCAAACAAAAACUCACCAAGCGCGAACAUCUAUACCUUGCCGCUCAUCAAACUGCCGUGGAACUCUGCCUCCUGAACGCCUUGAAUAAGCCGUUGUCAAGCAUCUACGCAGUCGCCGAGCACGACAAGUCCGUUUUCAAGAUGAUCUGGAAGUGCAAGAUUCAGCCCGGUGCCAAUGGCCAGUGGGAUGGUGUCUUGACCUACCCCAACAAGCAGACCGAGGCUGCUCUGGUCUACAUUUUCGAGCAGAUUGGCGGUCAGCCUGAGGCUGCUAUUGCGGAGGCUGCGGGCGAGACUGGGCAGGCCGAAGCUGAGGCUGAGACUCCGGCGGAGGAGUUGGACGAGGAUACUUACGUGUCCGAGACUCCUGGGCUUCCCUUCUUCGGGUACCAGGAUGUUCGUGACAAGGGAUUCCUUUCGUUGGCUUUGAAUGAUCCCGCUGCCAAGUUUGCCUUCCUGAAGAGAUUCUCCCAGCUCAGCGGCCACUUCCCCGACCCUACCCUCCACUCUAUCUCCAAUGUCAAAGAAGCCGUGGACCUCGUCCUGAAGACCCUCAACCCCAGGCCUACCAAGCUGGCUGACCAACUUUUCAACAAGACCGGCCUCCAGAAACGGUCGAAUGUCAAGAUCUUUGCCAAGAAGCAGAAGGCGUCGGACCGGGAUGAGGAAAUGGGAAGGAAGAAGGUUAUCGAGGCUGAGCUUCGUGCCCGGGGUCUUAUUGCUUAA